AACAUCCACGUCGGUGGAUAGCAGAUGCCAAGUGUCGGUCUCUAUCAGCGUUAUCAUUGUCGUCAGAUUAAAGUCUGGAGACAUCACGAGUCGUGCCGUUGCGACGCACAUGCAACGUGUCUUCAAAGUAUUCCUAAAAAAAAAAAAAAAAAACAUCUUGUUUGUCGUGUGAGGAUCGAGGUGGAAUUUCCGCGAAUUUGGUAUUCGGUGGUGUCAGAUGAGAUACGCUAGUUCAAGUUAUUAUUGCGAACGAGGAUAUAGGGAUCGAGAUUGCGGGCGUCUGAAGCGUCGAAACUCGUAACGCAGCGAGAUAUCUAAUAGCUAAACGAAACGAUGUUCAGCAACGCCGUGCAAGCGAAAUUGGCGUCGAUGGUGCUGGUUGGCGCCGGCAGCUUCGUCGUCGGCAUCGUGCCCGCUUGCUUCAUCUCGCGUACUCGUCAGUUCCAACAGAAGCUGCUGCUUUCUUGUACCUUGUGCUUCGGCGCUGGUGUUCUCCUAGCCACCGCGAUGCUUCACGUGCUACCGGAAGUACGCCGAGGUCUGUCGGAUUAUUCCGAGCUGGUGUUUUCCUGCGGCUUUCUCGUGCUGUAUUUGGUCGAAGAAUGCGUGCAUUAUUUUUGUCGGGACAGAAAUCAUGAGUCCGAGCUGUCCGAGACGGAUUCUCGUUCUUCCGGAUUCAUGGACUCUAGGAUCGCGCACGAGCGAGGUUGUUCGAACUAUCAAAAUCAAAGUGUUGGUUACAAUGCUGCCUCGCAAGACAGCAAGGUGUACAUGUCCGAAGGCGACGUGAAAUUACCGCUCAAUUACCGACAAAAUCCUCUUGGUAAUAAUGCCAAUAACGCGCAGACAUUUACUACCUACGGCACGACGCGAUGCAUCGCGUGUGACUGUCGUUCAAGAUUGUCGAACGAAGAAAAUACAUUUUUAUGUCACGGAAAUCAUGGCGAACAAUGUACCGAUGCCAAUACUGGUCUCGCCGGUCUCGCUGUCGCUCUCACUGUACAUGCCGUUCUCGAAGGACUUGCGAUAGGAUUGCAGACGAAAAUUGCAGAGGUGUUGUUAUUAACCGGAGCGGUAGCAUCACACAAGUUUGUCGUCGGCUUCUGUUUGGGGCUGGAAUUAGCGGGAGUUAGUAAAUCUGUUCCUAAAUUAAUAUUUACGAUUUUUCUAUUCGCCAUUGGAUCCGUCAUCGGAAUCGGCAUUGGCAUGCUAACGUUUCAGGCGGAUACGGAUUGGUCCAAGGUGGUAUUACCAAUUUUGCAAGGUCUCGCAGGCGGAACUUUACUAUACGUUACCGUAAGUGAAGUUCUUCCGAGGGAAAGGACGCGAUGGCACAAAAGUUCAUGCAGAUUUGCGGGCAUUUUACAAUUUCUAUCGGUAGUCGUUGGAUUUGUCGUCAUCUUUCUUCUUAAUAACUACAUAGGCGAGUAAAUUAAUUCCAACAUUAAUUAGAUACUGGGUCGUUGUAGAUCAGUCGUAAAUAUUUCGAAAUCGAGUCACUUCAGGCAAUAUGCUAAUUACGCCGUGUAUAUUCUCAUAAAGCUGUGUGAUAUACAUUCGAAUAUGUGUUGCACUGUAAUAUUAGAUAUGUUGCAAAUCAAGUAACUGAUAUUUUUCUUCGAGCAUUUGAGAAUGUAAAAGCAUUGUGGAAGCGUCAAGAAUACAGAAGAAUAUUGAAUUUUUGUAACUGUGCAAUUCUCAUUGCGAUGCUAAUAGUUUAAUAUUUUAACAAUUAAUUUGAUUGUGUAAUAUAAUGUAAAUAAUACGUAUCUAUAACUUUGUUUAUACUUUAACGAAAUUAAAAUUACGAUCGAAAUAUCAAACUCUUUAAACACA